AUGGCCACAGAUAUGGAGAAGACGGCUAAAGAUAUUGCCUUUGAGGCCACUAUUACUUCUGAAGACCACGAAGUCGGCACAACCGCCAUCAUUUACAUUGAUCCCGCAAGGGAAGCAGCAGUGCGGAGGAAAUUCGACAUCUAUGUCGUACCGAUGUCUGUCAUUUAUUUGGUCUUGUCUACCCUCGAUCGUAACAAUACAAUUGCCUGCCGCAUGUUGCUGAACGCUGCUGAGGCCGGUCUCGCCCAGGCAUUCGCCUUCCUAUUCUCGACAAUUUAUCCCCGUGAGCUAGCGGGAAAGCGAAUCAUGACCACAAAUCUUGCUCAAUGUAUCUCUGGUGCUUUCGGCGGGCUCUUCGCAUACGCUGUCCAAACAAUGGGAUCGCGGCAUGGUUUCGCGGCAUGGAGGUGGCUCUUCAUUAUUGAGUUUGGCGUCACCGUUGUGAUCUGCGGGAUCGGCUUGUUCUUCCUUCCUGGAGAAGUCGAGAAAGCAUGGUUUCUAAAUGAGGAAGAGAAAGAAAUUAUGCGGCUUAAAAAGGAACGAGACUAUCUGAUUCGAGGAGAAGAAAAGUUCGAGCGCAAGUGGAUUAAAAUUGCGCUGACCGACCCUUUUGUAUACCUUCUUGGUAUUGCCUUCUUCACUUCAUCGGUCGCUAUUAAUGGAUUUGGAGUCUUCCUACCGACCAUAAUCUAUGGCCUUGGGUAA